GAGAAAGAGAACAAAUUUUUUAAUUCUGAUUCAUAAGUUAAUCUAUAUUUUUAUCAGCUCAUAAAGAUUAAAAUAUUUUCAGUUUCAAUUGUGUAAAUAUACUCGUUAGAUAUUGAAAUAUAACCUAAAAAUUCUUUUUUUAUAACUUCCACCUAGUGGCAAAUCGAGUAAAUAAUUUUUUAGUAGUGUACCAAUUACUUUUGUAUCUCUUCAUAUUUGUAGUCCAUGAUCUUACGGUUCUUCGCACAUGUUUUUCCAACAUAACCAAUCUUUAGUGUACAGUAUAACCUGUUAUAAACGCAGUUACAAUUAUUUCAAAGGGCGUCAGAUAGCCGUAAUUCCCCGUGAGAGGUUGAGCACGCCCGUUCUCUCGAAGGAUCGGAGAACAAAACUCCCCCCCUUCCUCAAAAAAGUUACAAUUAUGUUCAAGGUAUCACAACCACCAUUACUCAACUUAAAUAAAAAACCUAAACAGUCGAAAAGGCGAAAGAAAAUCACACUUGUCUUCGACGAAGAAAAACGACGAGAAUUUUUAGGAGGAUUUCGUAAGAGGAAGUUAGAGCGAAAAAAGAAGGCUCAGGAAGAAUUGCAGCAACAGCUGAAAGAAGAACGAAAGAAAAUUAAACAAGAAGCACGAGAUCGUUAUAAGAAAUCAUUAUCAAAUCAAGUUCUUCCAGAGGUAGAAGAAUUGUUAUCUCGAAAUGAAUAUGAUCUAGAAGGUCAUACAGUUAGUAUUUUAGAGUUAAAUGUUGCGGAGCUCGCAGAAGGAGAAAAAUGGAUAGGUGAAAACAAAAUUGUAGAGGAAAAAGAAGAGCAAGAGGACAACGAAAGUGACCAUUGUAACGAUGACAAUGAUGAUGAGAUCGAGGGGAUGUCAUUGCAAAAGAAAUGCAAAAAUCAAAUACAGCAAAAACUUAAAUCUGACAAUCAAAAGCCUAAAUCCAAGAAAGAACUGAAACAAGAAAUCAAGAAAGUGGCGUUGAAGCGAGUAAAACAAAGUAAAGCGUUUCAACAGAAGCAGAGACUGGAGCAGCAAAAGAACAAAAAGCAAAAUAGACAAAAGUUGCACAAAGCCCAGAAGUUAAUGCACAAACGUGGAAAGAGAACUAAAAAGAAAUCCGAACGUUAGACCAUUGUGAAAUAUAACUUUAAAUAAAUAUAUUUGUAAAAAA